GACGGUUCAGCUAACUGGAGUUCAAAACCUCUGCGUCGAAAUGUUAUCCUUUCGAAACAGUUUGCUAGAAGGCACGCGAGCCGUCGUGUCUUAUCUAUCAACGAAUACAGCGCGAUUUUGUGUUUCAGGCAGUGAAUUAAAAUUGAAUGUGCUUCAUGACAGACAAAACCAGUGUUUCACUAUCAAUUUGGACAACGCGGGUAGCACCGAAAGCGCCAUACUGCGGUACAACCACGAAGGUAACGGGAGGAUCCAUUUACUAUCAACGACUGUUCCGGAGUCCUUCAGGGGUAGAGGUGUUGCUGCCCACCUUGCAAAGGCCGCCAUGGAUUUUGUCGUUAAUGAAAAUCUGAAGGCAAACGUCUCCUGUUGGUAUAUCAAGAAAUAUGUGGACGAAAAUCCUCAUCUUGGCUACAAGAACCAUGUUGUAGACUAACUAAAAAUUUUGUCAGUCGAAUUUCAGUAAGUCACAUGGUUUUAGUCUUGGACUUGUUUGUGGGCAACUGAAAGAUUUAUCAACGUAAAAAGAUGAACAAAACCGACACUGUGAUUGUAAAUAAUUGUUCUUUGUAAUACUUAAUAAGGAUUGUUAAAAUUAAGGAAGG